UGCGCGGCGGCGUCCCCGGCCCCGCCCACCCAGCUGGGCAACCCGACCCCCGGCGGCGGCGAGCCCAGCCAAUGGGAGAGGAGGCGGCGGCCCCACGCUCGGGCCGGCCAAUGAGGACGCGGCCAGGGCCCUGUGGGCGGGCCCCGCUCCGGCAUAACCCCUCGCGCCUGGGGCGGGCCAGAGCGGCCGGAGUCUCGCGCACCGGGGUGCGGCCCGCCUCUCGGAGGCCUGGAGGACCUGAAGCCGCCCUGCGGGGCCGCCCGCCCGUCUACAGACAGGGCCCCAGGACGCGGUGCCCGAGAGGGGCCAUGGGCACGGGUCGAGCCGGGAUUCGCGAGGCCGCCGAGACCGCGCCGCCGCCGUUUGUGCGCGUCGCCCCCUCGCUCUUCCUCGGGAGCGCGCGCGCUGCGGGCGCGUCGGAGCUGCUGGCGCGCGCGGGCGUCACGCUGUGCGUCAACGUCUCUCGCCAGCAGCCCGGCCUGCGCGCGCCCGGCGUCGCCGAGCUGCGCGUGCCCGUGUUCGACGACCCGGCCGAGGACCUGCUGGCUCACCUGGAGCCCACCUGCGCCGCCAUGGAGGCCGCGGUGCGCGCCGGCGGUGCCUGCCUCGUCUACUGCAAGAACGGCCGCAGCCGCUCGGCCACCGUCUGCACCGCCUACCUCAUGCGGCACCGCGGCCUCAGCCUGGCCGAGGCCUUCCAGGCCGUGAAGCGUGCCCGCCCUGUAGCUGAACCCAACCCUGGCUUCUGGUCUCAGCUCCAGAAGUAUGAGGAUGUUCUCCAGUCCCAGUGCUGCCUGCCCAGAGAGCCUCCAGGGGCAGUUUCAAGCCAGGAAUGUUCCACAGUGAAAGAUGGCCCCUAGCAUGGGCCUCAGUUCCUCCACCUCUCCAGACUGUGCACCCCGAGGACCCUGAGCCCCCAGAGCAGGAACUCGGGUGACACUUCAGCUCUCCAGGCUGACGGUUUGUGCACUGAAGAGAGAGUGCACUUUCUUCUCCUUUCUCACUGGCAGAAGAGCUCCUGAGUCCUGCCCUCAGAGUGAGUUUUCAUUUUUCCCCCUAAGCUUCAUCGUACUGCAGGUGCAGAGGGUCUCUGUCUCCGCUUGGUGGUGGUACAGGGGCCAUGGAGAAGGGGGCCAGGGGCCCCACAGACACCUAAGACAGAGCACCCCUCCCUCCGCCCAGCCUUGGUUUUUGGAUAGGGUUUGGUCAGGAAAAUCAAAACCACUUGAGGCAUUUUACACAGAAAAACAUUUGCUGCAAGGGAUGGAGACUGGGUGAGCUGAGGUCAAGAGCCGCUGCUGCCUUUCAGGAGAUCUGUGAGUGUGGAAAUCACGCUCACUCUGACAGGGCAGCUCUCGGGGGGUGUGCAGAGCUGCUGGGCACUCAUGGCUUCCCCAGCCCCCCACCUCCCAAACUCACCCUGGUCCUAUCAGCACCAAACUCAGGAUCUGGCCGGCAAGAUGGUGGCGAUGCCCAGGGAUGGGCUUGCGGCUGCAGCACACGAGAGAGGACAUGAGGACAUGCCAGCAGGCCCCCAGCACGGGCCCCCGACUGCUCAGAGUGAACCCCCGAGCACCCAGCCCGGGCUGUCCUUGGCUGCUCAGGGUCCACACCUACCUCUCCUCAACCCCCCAGUGUCACGAGAACACUGGGCUCUGAGUUCAGACACAACUUCCCCCGGACAUCCUGUGACCUAAAGACUCAGAAAAUUAAUCACCAUCAACGCUCCUUAAAUAAGGCGGUGGGGAAAGAGAAGGGAAGAAAUGGAUAAUGUAUAUGAACUAUAGAUGACAUAGUCAUUGUUAACACAUUCAUAACGGGGUCACGAAUAAAAUGCUGUGGUCCGGGG